GUGACGGCGACGUGGUACAUUCAGAUUAUUAUCCUUCAGUACUCCCUCGACAUGCUGAAGUUCAGCUGUCAGGUGUUUUUUGUCACAGACACCCCGUGCUCUACGGCAGUUAAUUGUUUCGGGUGAUGGUGUGAGUCACCAUUGAGGUACCUAUCAGUAUGAGUUACUUUGUUGGGGUGUAUACAGUUAAGGUGAUUUAAAAAGGCAGUUUGAUCUAUUGGGAGGAUUGUGAAAGUAUCAUCUACGUACCGUUUAUAUGGCCUGGGUGGGACAGGUGCCACGCUGAGAGCUCUUCCAUGAAAAUAUCGGCGACAACAAGGUCUAACAGUGGAGCUGGUAACGAUUUAGAGCGUGAUGAAGAAAAACAAAACAAAGCUGCAAGUAAAUUAAAUAAAAAGCGUAAUGCCAUCAAAGAAUAUAUAAUAGAUUACACCGCGAACUCAAACCUACAUGGCCUGAAAUACAUCGGAGAAAAAGAGCGCACCCCUUUGGAAAAAAUAUUUUGGCUCUUUAUGUUCAUUUGUUGUGUGGUUCUCUGCGCUGGUCUUAUUAGAAAAGUUUGGAUUAAGUGGAAUGAAAGCCCAGUGAUAGUGAGCUUCGCUGAAAAUACUACACCGGUUUGGCAGAUUCCAUACCCAGCGGUAACGUUAUGUUUUGAAACAAAAUCUAUGCAAACCAAAUUUAAUUUUACUGCUAAUUAUCAUAUAUAUAACAGUACAAUAACACGACCAAACAUGCCACCGGAAGAUCGUAAUAUGUUCGAAGAUUUGACUCUAGUUUGUGAUGACCAUUUGGCUUCUGCUUCUGGAAGAAAAUUUUCUAAUGCUAGUCAAACAGUAGAAAAUAUUAAAUCGGUGGCGCCGAACAUAACCGAAGUAUUUUACGGCUGCAAAUGGCAAGAUAUACCAAAGGAAACAUGUGAAAAUCUCUUUGCUCCUAUACUCACUGAAGAAGGUCUAUGCUACACUUUUAACAUGUUAUCCGCUGACGAAUUAUUCAGAGUAGAAAACUUACACGAUGACUAUCCAUAUUUAGAAAAAGGUUUAUCUAGACCGGAUAACUUAAGUACAUUUUGGAAUUUGGAAAAUGGAUAUCCACCUGAAGCACCAAUAGAGACAUACCCUCAUAGGGGUUCGGGACAUGGUGCCAAAGCUGGAUUAACAUUUUUAAUGAAGACGAAAGAAAUCAAUUUGGAUUACUUGUGCAAAGGUCCCGUUCAAGGUUUUAAGAUUUUGCUCCACAAUCCCGCAGAAUUGCCUAGGCUAUCACAACAAUAUUUCCGGUCACCUUUGUCUCAAGAAGUAGUCGUCGCUGUAAAACCUAAAAUGAUGACUACAUCAGAUGGUCUAAAACCAUAUUCACCAGACAGGCGACAAUGUUAUUUCCCAAGUGAACGUUACCUGAAGUAUUUCAAAAUUUACACCCAAUCGAAUUGCGAAAUGGAAUGCCUCACAAACUUCACUUACGCCAGAUGUGGUUGUGUACACUUCGGCAUGCCUCAUGGACCCAAUAUGGAAGUAUGUAAUUCAGGCAGCGUAGCCUGCAUAAAGGCAGCACAAAUGGAGCUUGUACUAGCUGACAUAGAGCACGGGUUAAAAUUGGGCAGUGACAAUGAUACGCUUGGCGAGGCCAGACUUAUCGCGUCUAAAUGCAAGUGCCUCCCCGCUUGUACCUCCAUAGAAUAUGAGGCAGAGACCUCGCAAGCCGACUACGAUUGGAGAGCUAUUUACCAAGCCUAUCAAUAUCCUGUGCCGGAAGGAGAAGAAGAUAUGCUGUACGCCCGCGUGUUUGUGUUCUUCAAGGAGCCUCAAUUCAUCACGUCCAGAAGAUCUGAAUUGUACGGGCAGACGGAUUUCCUAGCCAACUGUGGCGGUUUGCUCGGACUUUUCAUGGGUUUCUCCAUUUUGAGUGUCGCUGAAAUUUUAUACUUUCUGACGUUACGUUUGGGCUGCGUUAUCUGGCGUCGUAAAGCAGAGAAAAAGAACGAAAAAGCGCAAGAUUGACUUCGUAAAACAAUUGAAUUUUAUUAAUCACGUUUCCCAAAAAUUUAGAUAACUAAAUUGAGUAGCACGAUUUCUAAAUACAACUCAAUUUACUCGCAAAUUUAAUCGAAAAUAACAUUAAAAUUUCUUGAAUUAAC